AUGUCGGGAAAAAAAUCAAAAGGCUUUAGAGCACGUUUUAGAAACCAUCUCCAUCCACGACAUGGCACUCCAACUGAUGAUAAGGGAUUGCGAGCCGACCAGGGUGGCUCAGGCAGCACCUCACCAGCAGCUUCUGUCAAUCAAAUUCAUAGCCCACUGCCAAAGACUCAGCAAAAGCGCCAGCCACCGAAUCUAUGGCAAGCGGCUUUCGAAAAAUUAGAGGGAAAGCAGAAGAAUAUCCUAAUGCCCAAUGCCUCAAAUUCCACCACCUCGGACAUAAAGUCGGCGUUGAACGACAUCAUCGAGACAGUCAACCAGCAGAGCGAGAUCCGCAAGCUGAAAAGGGAGGAUAAAUGGUUUGGAGAUGGCCCAGAAAAGGUCCUUCGCGCCGUGUUGGCCCUUCAAGCAAACAUCUCUGCAGUGGUGGCUUGUGAUCCCACCGGCCACGCUUCAAGCGCCUGGGCUGCAGUCUCAUUUGGUCUAAUGAUCACGCAGAAUUAUCGCCAGGAACACGCCGCCUGGUUCGAGUCGUCAAAGUUUCUCUCCGAUACGAUUUCCCGCAUGACCUUGAUUGAGAUAUCCUACAGGGAUGGACACCCUGCAGCAACAGACGGUCUGGAAGAUGCGUUGACUCAGACAUAUCUCGAAAUCCUGCGUUACUCGGCGGAGGUGAUAGCCAUCCAGAAAUCAAAUAAGGGAGUCCGAAUCUUGAAAAGCAUUACUGCAAUGACAGACCUACCACUUGCAAGCAUCAAAAAGUCGAUUGAAAGUGAAGAACUCCGUUUGGAUAAAUGGGUCAAAGUCCAGGAUCAAAUCCGUUGGAACGAGAAGGCAGACAGGAUGCUAGCCCAGAGCAGUGAGAUACUAUCAGUCGUGCGCAACAUGGAUCAAACCAUUGCAUUAUCGGGACUACCAAUGGUGCAUCGAGCGGUCUUCGACACCUAUACGCCGGAUGUUGAAGAUGAAUGUCUCCCAGAUACAAGAGUUGAGCUUCGCCAGACCAUCGCAGACUGGAUCGACGACCCUAACGGCAAAGCAUUGUUCUGGUUAAAUGGUCUGGCCGGUACUGGAAAGUCAACUAUCGCACGUACCGUGGCCAGGGAAAUGAAGGAAAGAGGCCUAUUAGGGGCAACCUUCUUCUUCAAUAGAAGUGAAGCCGACCGCUCCAGCCUGAAAUACUUCUUCCCAACCGUUGCCAGACAGCUCGCAGAUGCUGUACCAGACCUUAGAGAAAGUAUUGCCAACGCGGCAGAAUUCGCUCAAUCAUCGAUUCAUAUCCAGUUCAAAGAGAUUAUUUUGGGUCCUCUAUCAAAGAUCAAGACAAAGAAUGGACAGAAUCUUCUCUUGAUUCUGGUGAUUGAUGCUGUAGAUGAAUGUCAUGAUGAAAAUCAUAUUCCAGUGCUUAUCCAACUGCUGUCGCAGCUUCAAAAGACCAACUCUUCAAUCGAGCUACGGGCUUUUGUAACCAGCAGGCCAGAGCUCCCGUUGAAUAUCGGAUUCAUUAAGAUACCAGACGAGCAUCAAAAGGCCAUUCUGCAUGACAUCCAAGAGUCAAGCAUUGAACAUGAUCUAUUGAUAUUCUUCAAGGAAAAGCUCUCAAAGAUAAGACACGAGAGAGAUGAAGAGGAAGAUCUUGAACAGGAUUGGCCAGGGGCAGAUAUCAUUCAAAUACUGGUCGCAAUGGCCAUGCCGCUUUUCAUCUUUGCUGCAACUGUUUGCCGUGAGUUACAAGAUCCCCAGUGGCCCGCCAAAGACAUCCUAAAUGGCAUCCUCGAACAUCAAAACGAAACAUCCAAGUUGGUCGGGACUUAUCUGCCAGUGUUGAACCGACUGCUCUUGAGCCAGAAGGAAGAAAGGCGCAAGAUUGAACUGGUACAGCAGAUUCAACACGUCUUGGGAGCCAUUGUCAUUCUUGAGGAUACACUGCCCGUGAAACCGCUGGCGAAGCUUAUCGACGUAUGGUGCGCAACGUGA